AUGAGUGAACCUGUUCAAGUCGCUGUUAUUGGAGCUGGUGUCAGUGGGGUGGUUACUGCAGGACAUCUUCUGGCUGCUGGAGUCCAAGUGACGGUCUUUGAGAGAAAUAAAGCGGCUGGCGGAGUCUGGCUUUAUGAUAAGCGGACUCCAAUUGAGGCGCGAUACCCUUCACCAAAACCGUCUGCUUCGCAGGAAUAUGUGGAAGAUGCGAGGGAUGAGAGAGAACGCAAGAUCUUGCUUCACGCGCCUCCAGGGCCCUGCUACGAGAGUCUCACCAAUAAUGUCUCAACUCCGUUGCUACAGACAAGGCUCAACGAGUGGCCAGAGGGGACUGCGCUUUAUGUGAAACACCAUGUGAUCAAGGAAUAUAUUCAAGACACAUCGAAGAAGGCCGGUGUUGAAGAUGUUACGAAGUAUAGCGCAAGAGUCACUCGAGUUCACAAGGGCGGAUCAAAAUGGACAGUUCACUGGACCACUUUGAGCGAUGAUCAAGGAAUCGUUGAAAGCCAGGAGUCUGCGACGUUUGACUCGGUUGUUGUUGCCUCGGGCCAUUACCAUACACCUCUCGUACCCGAUAUCCGAGGUCUCCCGGAAGCCAAGUCCCGAUGGCCUGAGAAGGUUUUCCAUUCAAAGUCCUUCAGAAGGUCAGAAGACUUCGAAGGAAAGAAUGUACUGUUGCUCGGAGGAGGCGUCUCGUCUCUCGACAUAGCAAAGGAAAUCAGUAGCACUGCCAAGCAAGUUUACCAAAGCACUCGAAAUGGUGUUUUUGAUCUCCCUGCGACCGCGCUUCCCUCAAACGCAACGAGAAUCGGCGAAGUCAACGCGUUCGAACUUUCCACACCAGCGAUCUCUGCAAAUGACGAGCACCUGCCCCUGACUGCGCAUCUCAAAUCCGGGGAGAUCUUGCAGGACAUUGACUACAUCAUUCUUUGCACAGGAUACCAGAUGGCACUGCCUUUUCUUGACGAGUAUAACAACUACAAUUUAUCUGCCGCCGAGGCAAAUGACAGCGUACUUGUGACAGAUGGCACUCAAGUCCACAACUUGCAUAAAGACAUCUUCUACAUCCCGGACCCCACACUCGCUUUUGUCGGAAUUCCAUUUUACGUCGCGACAUUCUCACUCUUUGAGUUCCAAGCUAUCGCAGUGGCAGCUUUCCUCUCUGGGAUUGCACAACUUCCUGCCCCCGAGGAUAUGCGGGCGGAAUAUGAGAAUCGGGUUAGAGAGAAGGGCCACGGACGGACCUUCCACUCACUUCAAGAUUCAGAACGAGCUUAUGUCACAGAUUUGAUGAAUUGGGUCAAUUCCGGGAGGUCUGAGCAGGGCUUGUCUCUGGUCGAGGCCCACACCGAGACCUGGAUCAGAGAGAAAGCGGCUCUGACUGAGAGGCUUAGGCUGCUUUUCGCAGGACCGCCUGAUACUCUCAAGAGCUCAAUGGAUGUGGGAGUCACUGCGUGA